AUGACUAGUAGCGAUCAGCUUUUAGACGUAGAAGCACUUGGAUUCGGUUUAAAUACUGACCCUGGUCAACUCAAGGAACUGCAGUAUGCAGGCUUAGAGCGUCGCGCUUCGCUGAACGACAAUUAUUACAGCGCCUUCAUUGAUUGUGUGGAAACUAAGAUACUGACAUGUUUUAGAGAUAUUGGAGGUCCAGUGAUAUACGACAAUCAGCUUGCCCCGCGCAAUGAGCACCUGAAUCCCAAUUGUCGCAGAGGGGUCUCAAAAGCCUAUCUCCUGCGCAACCAUCGUCCACCUCCCCCAACCUUCAGAGGUCUUAAUCAAUUCGCCAGCCCCAAAGGUCAAUGCGUGAGCGAAGCUCCUGCUAGUGCCACGCCUGACUCAUCCUCCUUACGUAGCAAG